UAUACCGGAAAUGUACGCACGGUAAACAUUGUCAAGCCGCUUGCCAGUUUGUCACUUGACAAAAGCCACGUCUAUCUCUUGACAGUUAUGCACACUUGGUGUCUCGUUUCCAUAUGUUUUUUACUCGGCGUUGUUGUGAGAUGGGGAGUGUCCUUAAAUUCCUAUUCUGGUGCAGGAAAAGCACCGAUGUUUGGCGACUAUGAAGCACAGAGGCACUGGCAAGAAAUGACCUACAAUCUUCCAGUGCAUGAAUGGUACUUAAACAGCACGGACAACGACUUGAAUUACUGGGGUCUUGACUAUCCUCCUCUGACUGCCUACCACAGCCUGAUCUGUGCUCAUAUUGCCAAGAUAAUAAACCCUGAAUGGGUGCAGCUUCACAAAUCCAGAGGUUAUGAAAGUGCAACGCACAAGCUAUUUAUGAGAACAACAGUCCUUGUUGCAGAUGUCCUCAUAUACAUCCCUGCUGUUAUAUUAUGUUGUUUAUGGCUGAAUAAUGGAACUAUUAAGAGAAAGAUUUGCACUCUGCUCUGCUUUCUGAUGUAUCCAGGGCUACUUCUUAUCGACUAUGGACAUUUCCAGUACAAUGCAGUGAGCCUGGGCUUUGCCCUGUGGGCUGUCCUGGCUCUGGGACUGGGUUGGGAUGGACUGGGCUCCAUGGCCUUCACCCUGGCCCUCAACUACAAACAGAUGGAGCUCUACCACGCUCUACCCUUCUUCUGCUACCUCCUGGGAAAGUGUUUCAAAAUGGGCAUCACGGGGCGAGGGUUGUUCAUGUUGUGGCGAGUCGCCGCUACAGUAUUGGUGACGUUUGCUCUCUGCUGGUUGCCCUUCCUCUCUGAUCCCGCUCAGACCUUGCAGGUGCUCAGGAGAAUCUUUCCCGUGGCUCGAGGCCUGUUUGAGGAUAAGGUGGCCAACGCAUGGUGCAGCUUGAACAUCCUGAUCAAGAUCAAGUCCAUUCUGUCUGGUGACGUCCAACUCUACCUCAGUUUGGCCUGCACUGUCCUGGCAGUCCUACCAUCAUGUAUCAGAGUGUUGAGAAAAGCUACAUUCUGGCACUUUAAACUGGCCUUGGUCAACUCAUCAUUGGGGUUCUUCCUUUUCUCCUAUCAAGUACAUGAGAAGUCCAUUCUCUUGGCGUCCUUGCCCGUGUGUCUCUUCCUCAACGACCUUCCACUCAUGUCCAUUUGGUUCCUGCAAGUCUCUACAUUUAGCAUGCUGCCUCUGUUUCUGAAGGACGGUCUUCUAGUGCCGUACGUCGUGACUUGGCUCGCCUUCCUCUUCUUCGGCACCUACUUACUGUCAGCCCUGGAGCAAGAGCUUGCGCUGGGUGCCUACCAAAAGCUCUUGGUAUUCCUACCCAGAAUGGACCUGGCUCAGAUUGUCAGAUGGAAGUUCUACAUGAGCAUCUUCACCAUGGCCUGUUUGAGCAUCGCAAGCGUUGCUCUCUCUCCACCGCCGCAUUUGCCGGACUUGUUUCCUGUGCUAGUGUCGACUUUUUCUUUUGUUCAUUUUUUGGGGACGUUUCUCUACUUCAAUGUCAUCCAGUUUAGUGAAUUGCCAAGCAAGAAAGUCCAGAAGAACAAAUAAGUCCAUUCUAUGCCCCCUUUAAAUUGUGCACAUAAUCCAUCUGCAUUGUUUUUGCAGCUGUACAAGUCAUUCGCUGAAUGGUCUGUUUUUCUAUUUUUCCAUUGCCUCUUUUUUUUUUACGUACCAUAAAAGUUUUGUACAAAUGUAUUUUAAUCAGAAAAUAAACUAAAACUAUCAACUGAAA